AUGCGACUUCUCCUUCGGAUUCUGAUCUGCGCAUCGCAUCUCUACGAUGUGCUCGUUCAUUCACAGCACGUCUACUAUUCGAAGGAACCCAUCAACCAUGUUGUGCUCGAUGGAGACAAGAUCUAUAUAGGAGCCGUCAACAAGCUAGCUGUACUAUCUUCCGACCAACUCCUUCCUCUUCACACACUAAAAACUGGGCCUAUAAAAGAUUCUCCGCUAUGUAACGUGGACGGGAGCAGUUGCCUGAAGGAUGCAGUACUUCGUGAGACGGACAAUCACAAUAAAAUCUUACAAAUAUUGCCCAAUGGACUGCUACAAUGCGGAUCAGUUCGGCAGGGGAUCUGCUCCGUCCAUUCACGAGAGAAUCUGUCAAUUCUCUACCAGGGCGAUCUCCCAGUCGCUUCCAACUCUCCAACUGCGUCAUGCGUUUCCUUAGUUCUGUCGAAACAUUACCUAGCAGUAGCUGCUUCGUUUUCCGGGGAUUCUCCCUACAGGGAUCCUUUCCCAGCAGUUGCGCUCAGGGAGUUGCCGAGCUUCUCUGUGGUUAAUUCAGGGAGCCUGGAAGGGGAAGCAGCUGUAUUUUUACGGGCUGAAGUCCGUACAUCAUUUGCUGUGCAAUAUUUGAGCAUAUUCCACCAUCAGCACUAUGUUUAUAUAGCCGCGGUGCAGUCGCAGGAUACCCGAAAGACCAGGGGAGCCCCAAGGGUUGCCAAGUUCGUCUCCUACUCCGAGGUGGAACUGCAAUGUCGUUCGGAAGACAACUCGAACUUCCCCUACAUGACCGCUGCCCAUGUCGUGGGCGACUCGCUGAUCGGCGCCUUUUCGCCGUCUCCAUCAGAAACGCGAUCUGCAAUCUGUGUUUUUUCGCUGCAACGACUAAAGUUGACCUUUUGGUACAACAUCGACCGUUGUCGAGGUGGAGCCGAUUCGAUCGGGCUCCCACAUGUCGGCAGGGACGCUAAGUGCAUAAAUAAAUCGCGAAUUCCACUCGAUGAGGACACCUGCGAGCUGGGCGUCGGCGGCUCGAUCGAAGCCGUCGAAGUGGCGGUAGCCGAAGUUGAGCAGCGGAUCACAGCGCUAGGUGGGGUCGUUCACCCACGGAUCGUUCUUGCCGGCACCGACGAUGGCCACAUACUGCAGUUCAAAUCAAAAUCGCCAACGAAUCUGGAGCAGUACGAUAGUCGAACUAUUGAAGAAGAUCGAAUUGGCUCGAAAGUGAAUGAAAUUCAUGUCCAAGGGACUACCAUCUAUGCAGCUCUGCCAAAUGGGCUGGUGACUUUACCCCUGGCUUCGUGUCACACGCUCUCAACCUGUGCGGCUUGCAUUUCGUCACCGGAUCCGAUGUGCCAGUGGUGUCCAGCCAAUGGAAAGUGCACCGCAGCUAUACACUGCCCUUCGGCUACGGUGAACGUUUGUCCGGAGCAAAAUGGACCGCCAUCACCUGCGUCAAUGUCCAUUGACGAUGCACGAAAUAUAUCACUUCCCAUCAAACAUCUGUCUCAACCAGAUGGAUUUCUGUAUCUGUGCAAAUUCGGCUCCUCGUCGAGUCCUGCAAUUUGGACUGAAUCUGGUGUCUCUUGCUCGCUGCCUCCACUUCAUCCAUCGAACUCACUGCCUUCUUACACCGAACUGCUUGCUCUUACCACAUCUACUGGUUCGCAUCAUAUCGUUGAGCAUAACUUCACUGUCUACAGCUGCGGAGCUUUUAAGACCUGCUCCUCCUGUACAUCUUCGGAAAAUUUUUGUGAUUGGUGCACUAAGUCGCGCAAAUGUGUAUCAAGCGGAAAAUGUUCGGGGGAGAAAGCUGACGAAUGUGUGCACAUUAUGGAGCCGUCGCGCAUCAUGAUCCCAUUAGGAAGCUCUCAUGGAUUUUCCUUCUCAAUGGCUCAUCUGGAUCGGUUACCAAGAGAUCGAGAUUACUCGUGUAGGCUGGUACUGAAUGGGACUCCAACCACUACGAAGGCGACCCUUACAAAGGACUCUGUAAAAUGCGCACCGUUGCGAUUAUCGUACACGAAUCCCUUACCGAAUGUGACAGUCCCGCUAGAGCUGGUACAAGGCGACGACGUAAUUGACAGCACAGAUGUUUCUAUCUACUCGUGCUCGCUUUUGGCAGCCGACUGUUCAUCUUGCGUAUACAUCUCAUCUACUUGGGGUUGUUCGUGGUGUAGUGGACGUUGCUCUCAUGAUUGUACCCAACCAGCUCAGGAGGUCGUCUGUGAUCGGCCGCUGAUUACUUCAUUCUCACCCAGUAGUGGACCGACAGAGGGAGGUACGGAAGUCACCAUUCAUGGCAGAGAUCUCGGCUCUUCAGUCGAAGAUGUGAAGGAUCGGGUUUUUGUUGCUGGCAGUCGCUGCACUGUGAUCAGCUAUGAAAUCUCCAAGAGACUCACUUGUAGAGUUGAAAAGGGAAUAUCAUCUGGUCCAAUCCGAGUGACUAUAGGAAAGACAAAUUCAAGAAUGGCUGAGUCGGUAAUGCUGUACUCCUUUGUGGAAGUGAAUGUGUUCUCGGCAUAUCCGCUAUUUGCUCCCGUUUCUGGAGGAACAAAGGUAACUCUAUAUGGACAAAAUCUGGAUGCUGGCUCAAAUGUGACCGUAACAAUUGGUGAUGCUGAAUGUGACAAUAUUGUCCGAAACUCCACAUCAUCACUGAUGUGCUUUGUCGGCAGUGCUCCAUCACCGACCAAAGGAGCUAAGAUUACUGUGGCAAUUGACGCAGCACUUAUGACUGUUCCGAACACAUUCGAUUUCCGGCCAGAUCCCUCGAUAAUCACGGUUUAUCCUCUAAUCAGCUUCAAGUCCGGCGGAAGGGCGGUUACUGUUGAAGGCACAAAUUUCGAUGCAGUUCUAUCGGCGAGAAUGUUCUUUGUUUCCUCCACGGCUCCGCCAUUCGAGGUUGUGUCCAAGCUCUCUUCGUGCCAGAUCCAGAAUGCAACUUAUAUGUUCUGCUUAACACCUGAACUGCUCCAUGGAUCACACUCUAGAGCUGCAUAUGCUAGGUUCCCUGUGGGUUUCGCAAUGGAAAAUGUGACAUCCGUACGUAAUCUCGGCCAUCGGAUACAGAUGAGGAUAGUGCCAGACCCUGAGUUCGCUCCAUUCAAAGGCAUUCGCAUUCAUCAAGGGGAUCAACCAUUAAUCCUUGACGGAAGCCAUCUAAAUGAAGCAGCAGAACCGCAGGAUUACAAGAUCUUCAUUGGAUCCGAGAGAUGUUACGUCACUUUGGUUGAUUCACGUCAGCUGGUUUGUACUGGACCUUCUAAACAACCUGAAGCUACCGAUGAGAGGGGUAAUCCCAUUGCCGGUGGGCUUCCCCUUGUCUCGGCUACGGUAGGAAGACUUCGCACUGAAUUGGGCUUGAUCGAGUAUGUGGAUCCAUUAGCAACGCUAAGACUCUGGGUGCUUGUGGUGACAGCCCUAACAGCUUUGUGUUCCGUUCUCGUACUGCUUGCUUUUCUCUGGAAGAAAAGAAGGAAUGAACGUGAAAGAGACUAUCGCAAGAUCCAAAUGCAGAUGGAACACCUCGAAAGUAAUGUGCGCAAAGAAUGCAAGCAGGCAUUCGCAGAACUGCAAACAACCAUGGAAAGCUGCGGUGAUGAUGAUUACGAAGGAAUGGAUGUUGCCACUUUUUCUGAGUUUCUGCAUCGGCUUUUAUGGGAAGACAAUUCGUGGACUCAUUCCACUUCUCUCUAUGCAUCCACUCUGCCUGUCACCUUGGCGCAGUUCGAUGCUCUCCUCAGCUGUAAACAAUUUAUCUUUUCGAUUGUCGAAACAGCUGAAUCGGAGCCCACUAUGACCCUUGGAGAAAAAAGUAUGCUGUCUUCAUUGCUGAUCGCGGUGUUACUUCGAAACUUCCAAUACUGCACUGACAUCGUCUUAUCGCUUUUGCGAGCCCAUAUAGCCAAGAGUGUCCAUGCUGGGAAUAGCGACAUACUUUUUCGAAAGAGCGAUAGUAUUGUUGAGAAAAUGGUAGCGAAGUGGUUGACGAUUUGCCUCUACGAUUCUAUCUCACAGUAUCAAGCAAAUAAGUAUAAUACUCUGUUCAAAGCACUUAAAUUCCAAACGGAACGAGGUCCUGUGGAUGCUGUGACUGGCAAUGCUCGGUACACCAUCAAUGAGUCUAAACUCCUUCGCGAAAUAGUAGACAGCUCUUAUGUCGAUUGCUUGGUCACCAACCUGGAUGGGAGAGGGCCUUAUACUGUCAGAGCAAUCGCAUGUGACACGAUCUCACAGCUAAAGCAAAAGAUCCUGGACCACAUUUUCAAACGUGUACCACACAGUCAGCGUCCAGCCUUGACCAGUUUUGACCUAGAACUAAUUUGCCCAUCGCGAGGUCGGGUGCUUCUGUCCGACUGGUCCGGGCCAAACCCACCAAAGGGACCAACGAAGCUGAACACCUUGUCCCACUACAGUAUCACUAACCAAUCUCGUAUAGCCAUGGUUCCUUCCGAGAAAGGUUCAGGCACUUAUCGAAACUCGCUCGCUGACUCGGGAAAAUCUUCGUGGUCCUCACUAGAUCGCUCUUCUCCAGUCUAUCCACCUAGUCGUUUCUGCCACCUAUCUAGCCCUUCGCGAACGCUAACUAUGGAGAAAAAGAAGAAGAUAGACGAAAGUAUUCCGAAGUCUAUACCUGAGGUUUACCUUACCAGACUUCUCACAAGUAAGGGAACAGUGCAGAAGUAUAUCGAGGACUUCUUAGAAUCUGUCUUGUUUUUGGAUUCCUCCACAUAUCCGCCUAUUCUCAAACGGACUUUCGAUUUACUUGAAGAGGAGGCAGCUAGGAAUGGGAUAUCAGACCAUCAGUUGGUGCAGCAGUGGAAGUCAAACUUGUACGUGCUGCGAGUAUGGGUACACCUUAUCAAGAAUCCCAAAAUUUUGCUGGAUGUCUCGGAAUCCAUAAGUCAAGACGGAAACUUGUCUGUUGUGGCACAAACACUGGUGGACUGCUUCUCUUUCUCGGAGCAGUCGCUUAACGCACAUUCACCCAGUUCUAGGUUACUCUUUGCAAAAGAAGUAGCCCGCCUUCGUCCUUUGUCUACAGAUUUAUUCCGAAGAAUUCGGCGGCAACCACCCGUAUGUGAGGAAGCGUUCACUGAAAAAUUGAACGAGGUAGCGAAUGACCUCCGCGACUGUACUCGUUCGACAGUGGCGUUAUCCGAACUGCUGACAUGGGUGCGAGGAAAUGGCGUUCGUCUGAUUGAAGUGCUGUCCGCAGAUGACGUCUGUACCUCACAACGCUUGCCAUCAAGGUUAUCUCAGGUUAUCAACUUGUCACUUGACCCAACCGAUCACAUAUACUCCACUAUAAUCGACGAAGCCUGAGGAUCCCCAUACCGGUUACUGUAAAGUUGUUGACAAUCUCGUCAUAUCACACUGCCACGGGUCAGGGUUGCACGUUGACCCUCUGGAGAUUAUUCGAAGAGUACGAAUAGUGUAUUAGAGAUAAAAUUCAUAAUUGGCUUUGAUUUGCUGCCC